AUGGCCCACCAUCGACACCAAGCCUCUCUUGAGAGCAUCAUAAAUUUCUCUCCUCCUCCCCUACUCUCCGCCAACCAGCGGAAUCAUGCUUCCCGCAGAUUUUACCAGAUCAUUAAUCACUUCGACGUUACUGGAGACGCUAGGCCCACCCGUGGCACCUACAACGUUCCUCGACUUAUACGGCUCACGUACGAGUAUGCACUCUCCGAGGAGUCUCGGGACCUGUUCCUCCAAGCGUUCUUUAGGGCUUUACAACUAAGGCUAGACGAUGAGGAAGAUGUUGACCUUGGAGGCAACCGAGAGGAAAAUAUCCGAGCUGAUAUGGUUGGCUUUUCCGAGUAUUUAAUGGACAAUUUCUACUUGCCUCUGAAGGCUGCAACAGACCAGACCCCUCAGCCCUCACCGGUUUAUCAUUCGGCGGUUCUUAUGGUUCAGGGACGUAACAAUCAGGAAUAUGCUACGACGCCAACACGUAUCGCUGCAUUACGAGGUACAACACUUAUCCGCGAUCAUCAUAGAUGUGUGAUAUCUCGAGCUUUCGAUAUCGACGAGGCGGAAAAUCGCAUGGAUGCUGAGGGUGAGGGUAAUGCUAAAGAUGACGAUGGCAAUAUACUCUCCGAGCCAUAUGGCUAUCUCGAGGUUGCUCACAUCAUUCCACAUUCGCUAAUGCGACCCCAAGGAAAUUCUGAGUCUCGGCAGGCUGCUCUUGCCAUCCUGAACAUGUUUGACAUUGGGGUCGCUCGUCUAAUCGAAGGAGUGGAAAUUGAUCGACCGUUCAACACGCUGAGCCUCCGCCCCGAGUACCACAGACGAUUCGGCGCGUUUAAGCUAUUCUUCACCCAGUUACCAGACCAAGGGCCACACACAUAUCGAAUUGAGACAUUCAGAGCCGGCCUUGCGGCGUUGGGACCGGCACUUCCACUCACCCGAACUCUCCUUCUCAGCCCCGACCGUAACAUCGACCCCCCUUCUAGUAGGCUUCUUGCUGUUCACCGGGCUGUUGCCCAUAUUCUUCACCUCUCGGGUGCGGGGGACUAUAUAGACAAGUUUCUGUCGGAUAUGGAUGACGGCUGCGUAAGAAGUGAUGGGUCUACAGAGCUAGAUCGUUUUGUUCGGCUACGGCUGAGGGAUACUGAAGAUGGGGUUGACUCCUUUACCGAUGGGGAUGUGGUAUGGGACUCCGGAAUGUUCGAACAACGCCAGAUCUCGGCUGCCACCGGGUAA